AUGGAAGAAGAAAAUUCACUGCCAAUGGGUGCUCGUGAAAGUUCGGUAGUAGAAGAAUUGCAGCAACCUUCGUCAUCAUCGGAAUGGUGCACCGAUUCGGAAAUACGUCUUUUCAAAAAACUUUUAUCUCAUAAACCAGCAGGUAUUUCAAAACAUUUUCAUAUGAGUUGUCUUGUUGAUUAUAUGAAUAACGUUUAUGAAGACGAAGAUACCGAUUUCGAGGAUGUUUUGACAUCAGGGGAUCUACAUGAGCUCACUAGCAAGAGGAAUACUACAGGAAAACCACGGAUUUUUAGACCAAGAUACAAAAUAAGACCUACUGCAGAACUGAUUUGGAAGAAAUUAGAAAACAUGUAUGAUAUGAAGGAAAUCGAAAAAAAUGAAGCAAUACCUGAUGGUUUGUUGGAAGAAUCGGAAUUUUGUUUACCGGAAGAUGAUUUUGGUGAUUUAUUGCGCAAGAAAGAUGAAUUGAGCAAAGGUUUUCUUGCUCCCCAAACUAGUAGUAAUCAAUCGGUUCCGCGAAGAAAGCAGCGGGAUUCCGGGGUAUGGAAAAUUGAUGUUUAA